AUGAGCCUGCAGCUCUUGGUGGUCUUCGCCGAGAUGAUCGUCAUCGACCACUACCAGCUGUGGCACAACGUCCUCACCGAGAUGCGCGAGGGACGCUUCAUUGACAUCGGGCAAGAGGUUCUGUUCUACAGCUCCGGCUUCUGCACGCUGCUUGCUAUCAUGGUGAUGUUUUGCGUCAAGGACCGAUACCCUUUGAACUACUGGAUGAUGGCGUUGACAACCUUACUCUCCGGAUCCUUCUGGGGAAUGACCCGUGCGGUGGUUCAGACAACCAUGCACUUCCAGAUUGUUGGGAUUCUCUGCUGCUCCAUGUGCGGAGGAGCCGUGGCUUCGACGUUGGUGAAGGAGGUGCAGGGCCCCAAGCUCCUAAUGGCCACCCUGGCCCCGGGGUGGCUUCUGGGAGCCACCGCCAACGUGCUGGUAAGCCGGGUUUUCGUACAGGAGACGGACCGCGUGGUUCUGGGAUCGACAGGAUUAUCGAUGCUGCUCCUAUGUAUUUUGACGAUGGACGCAGGCAGGUACCUGAUCCUGUGUAAACCAGACGAUUUUAUGAAAAUUAUAGUUGCUAUGAACUCCACGUUGAUGGUGGUAGUGAGCAUUCCGUUCUUCGUCCUGUCUUUCUGUUUCAUCCACACUGGUGAGGCAGUCGUUGACGAGGACGUGGAGAACGCUUUGGAGGCUGGCCAUGCAAGGGAGCAGUCCAGACCAGCGGACCAAGUCGCUCCGCCUCAAUCAGACGCACUGCGACGGGAGACUGGCCCGCCUCUGCAGAGGUCUGCUUCGGAGCCUGCGCUGACCGUCUUCAGCUUGUAG